CGUGCAGCUGUCACUUUUGUAACAACAACCUGGCGCUGCGCUUUGUAUGGACCAUAACAACGACCGGUUUGUAGAGUGGCUUCAUUCAUUUCCAUGCGGUGAUCGGUGUUUUAGGGAACAACAUGGAUCGCUCAGAGUCAGAAGGGGUGGACGCUGCUUGUCCCGACCCAGAGCAGAGUCCUAAACCCGAGCUUUCUGCAGCGAUGCGGGCUAAAAUCGAGAGGAACCGGCAGCGCGCGUUGAUGCUCCGGCAAGCUCGACUCGCGAGCCGCCCUUUGUCUGCUGUGGAGGGCGCAACCUCGGCCAAAGUCUCCAAGACCAUCGACUCCGGAGCCGGGUUUUUCAUCGACGAGGAGGAAGACGGAGAGGAAGAGCAGAAAGCCAGGAAGGUGGUGCAUCAGCCAGCUCCGGUGAUUGAGCCAGACUACUUGGUGUGUGAUGAAUGUGAAAAACCCUUUAUGGACUCCUACCUCAGCAACAGCUUUGACCUGUCUGUGUGUGACAAAUGCAGAGACAAUGAGGAGAAGCACAAGCUGAUCUCUAGAACUGAGGCCAUGCAGCACUACCUGCUGAAGAACUGUGACCUGGAUAAGCGAGAGCCUCCGCUCAGGUUUAUACUGAAGAAAAACCCUCACAACCCACGCUGGGGAGAUAUGAAGCUCUACCUCAAACUACAGGUGGAGAAGAGAUGUAUGGAGGUGUGGGGUUCAGCGGAGGCUCUCGAGGAGGCCAAGGAGACGAGGGAAGAGAAUAGAGAGGUGCAGAAACAAAAACGCUUCAACAAGAAGGUCAAAGAGCUGCGCAGGGCGGUGAGGAGUAGCAUGUGGACCAAAGACACCAGCGUUCACCAACAUCAGUAUGGACCGGAGGAGGUGGUAGAUCCAGAGGAGGACCUCUACAAGAAAACCUGCACCACCUGCGGACAUGAACUCAACUAUGAGAAAAUGUAGACAUUCUCACACACACACACACACACACACACACACACACACACACAGUUACAGUUGACAAGGAGAAGAUGUUUGGUGCUUAUGUGGAGACCCUUGCCUCUCAAAAACUCUCCACUACUAUUUUUUUGUUAUUAUAUAAAUAUAUAUAUAAAACACUCCAUCUUGAUCAUUUACUGGGGGCCAAAAUCACUCUGUGUGACAGAGACUUUUUUAGGUCAGUAGUAAUAGUAUUUUAAAUGGUUGUCCCUCACCUCAGCGUAAACGUUGAUUCAGUAUUUUGCCUCUUUUCCUGUUAGGAAUUCCCUUCUAUGUUGGGCAAAUGAAGGGAGGCAUGAUAUUGAAAUCUGAACGAAACAGUGAAUUAUGGGGCCACUUUCUCUUUAUUAUUGAAACCGAUAUUAGCAUUAAGAUUAAAACUCUUCACUCACUUCUCAUCACUGUUUGUGGCCUUUUUCACUCUGACUGUAUUAGGUUAUAAACGAUAUGGUGGUUUAAUUGGCCGUUAUCAGGGACCAUCUCACCAUGCAUUCUAUAACAUCAACUUCUAAAUUAUAAUCUGAGACAUUCAGCUAUCUGUCAUUGGACAAAGAUCUAGUGGUGUAUAGUUCUCAGUCUGCGCUGAAGCGUGUGAUUUCAGACUAUUUAAUAAAUAUUGGUUUCUGAAUAAAUGUUUGAUACCAUUUGUUAUCAAGUAAAGACACAGGAUGUCAUUGUCCAGAUAUUCACUUGGGGAUGAUAAAGGAACAGUGUUGUGGGUUCUCUCAGGGGUUAUUUAGAUCUAUUCAAGACUAUGAGAUUGAAAAUAAAUGUUUAUAUCUUUGUAAAAUAAAAAAAUUGAUUUCAUGGAAAAAGUUACACAGCUGUGAUGUAGGUUUAUGUCACUUUUCAUUUGUUAGAAAUGCUCAUUAAUAAAUUAUGAAAAACAAAUAUAUUAAGGAAAAUAACUUGUUUUUUUAUUUUCUGUCUAUGGAAAGUCUUCAAAUGUUUUAUGGCAAAUAAAACACAUUAAAAAACAAAAUGAAAUAUUUGCGCAUGCUUUGCACUCUUAUGCUUAGUUUAUUGUAAAUAAAAAUAUAUUCUAA